GUCGGGGUUGGGUCGAACCUGAGCGGAAGCCGCCAAGCUCUUUGUAGGGGGGGCGCUGGGGAUCCGGCGAUCGCCCCUGAUCCGAAAUUCCAGCUCCUGGACCUGACCUUUCCGCUCCUGCUCAUGCCCUUGUCUUGGGGAGCUACGUUGAUCAGCAGUGAACUUAUAGUUGGCCCAUGAUGAACUGGAAGGUCCUUGAACACGUGCCCCUGCUGCUGUAUAUCCUGGCUGCGAAAACACUGAUUCUCUGCCUGGCAUUUGCAGGAGUAAAAAUGUACCAGAGGAAAAGAUUGGAAGCAAAACAGCAAAAGCUAGAAUCUGAAAAGCAGCAGCAAUCAGAGAAGAAAGACAACUGAAGAUUUUGCUAUUGAAAUGGCAUCUUGAGUGGAUUCCAGCUGUGAAGAAAGAGAAGGCUUAGUAGUUACUGAAUAUGUCAGAGAAUAAACUCCCAAAUGCAUACUUCUAACUUAAAAUGAGAGCAAUUUUUUAUAUAGUUAAAACAAAUCAAGUAUUUUGUUCUUGAAAUAAAAGCAGUCUCUGGUCUUUUGAAUACA